UUAUAUUUACUUUGAAACCUUCAGAAAAUAUUAAGAAUAUAUAGGUUUAAUACCAAAAGUGAAAAAUGAUCUUCGUUAUUGUAAUUUCUCUAAUUUUAGUCCUGAUAAGCGCUUUAUUGGUAACCUUACAUUUUGGACUAGAUAAGAAAGUGGUUUAUAAAAACUUACAAUUCAAACAUGUGGUAAUUACCGGUGGAUCCAGUGGAAUCGGGAAGGCAGUAGCUGAGGAGGCUGCUAAAUUAGGAGCUCAUGUAACUAUUAUAGGCCGCGAUAUCGCGAAGUUGGAAAGUGCCGUUAAAGAUAUUUCUGUAUGUAAAUCUAAUGAUGAACAGAAAAUUCAGUAUGCUGCCUUGGAUAUUACAUCGGAUUAUUCGUCUAUAGAAAAAUGUCUAUCAUCUCUGGAAGUAGAUAUUGGUCCAAUAUUCAUGCUUAUCAACUGUGCCGGUAUGUGCAUUUGUGGUCAAUUCGAAAGUAUGAAAAUCGAAGAUAUAAAGCAAAUGAUUGAUCUUAAUUAUUUUGGCACUGCAUAUCCAACUAGGUAUGUCUUGAAAGGUAUGAAAAAAAGAAAUGAAGGAAUUAUUGUAUUUGUAUCUUCAGAAGCAGCAUUGUUGGGUAUAUAUGGUUACAGUGCUUAUAGUGCUGCUAAAUGGGCUGUCCGAGGUCUAGCUGAGUCAGUGCUUAUGGAGUUAGUUGGCACUGACGUAAGGUUGAUGCUUGCAUUUCCACCAGAUACUGAUACCCCUGGUUUUAAACAAGAAGAACUGACCAAGCCGAAAGAAACCAAGUUGAUUUCAGGGUCUGGAGGUCUGCAGUCUCCUGAAUCAGUUGGAAAGAAAAUGUUACUAGAUGCCAUGAAUGGAAAGACAUAUUCAGUGUUUGGCAUGAGUGGACAAUUACUGGCCACUUUAUACUGUAGUUCAAUAGACAGUUUUGGACAAGUGUUUAUGCAGAUUUUAACAACAGGUUUCUUGAGGGCUAUUACUGUGCCAAUAAUAUUAUCAUUCCAUAAAAUUGUCAGAGAUGGCCUCAUAGAACGAAUGAAGAGUGAAAAGAAGACUGUGCAAUAAUUUUUUAUGGAAUUGUGUCGUUUUUAUAAUAAUA